CUUUUUUCUUUCUUUUUUAAACACAGAGUUGCAAGAAGCACAAGUCACUCCAAGCAUGUCUAGAAACUGGGCAGUCACCAGUUUCACUUCCCCUUGUUCUCUGCAGCUCGCAGUGACGUGCAGUGAGAAGCAGGAGCGGUGGGAGGCAGCGCUCAGCAUUUCAGGAGGUUUCUCGCUCCAGGUCCUUGUGUGACACCCAUGGUGCUUUCUCCUGCAUGCCUGGCCUCCUGAAGAUGCCCAGGAGAGCAGCUCUCCUCCCGUGGACAUUCGGGGAGCUGCUGCGGCUGGCGCUCAUCCUGUCGCAGCUGGCAGUCUGCCUCCUCAGUCCCUGUUUGGAGGUCAUCCCUAGCAAAGCUUUCAGAUGCAUGGGGCUGAAUAUCUCUGGAGUUCCCCCUGAAGUCCCAAACACCACCCAGGAGCUGGACCUCAGCUUCAACAAUCUGAAAUCACUGAGCUCAAAUUAUUUUUCAUCAGUCCCUGAACUGCGGCUUCUGGAUCUUUCAAGGUGCCACAUCCAUACAAUAGAAGAUAACUCUUUUGUGGAUCUUCAUGAACUUUCCACCUUAAUUUUAACUGCCAAUUCCCUCCAGUACCUGGGGUCAGCAACCUUCUAUGGUUUAACAUCUCUGAAAAAACUAGUAUUGGUGGAAACCAGCAUAUCCUCUCUGACUGACCUACCAAUUGGACACUUGCAUACCCUACAGGAGCUGAAUUUGGGCCACAACAACAUUGCUUCAUUGAAGCUUCCCAAGUAUUUUUCCAACCUGACCUCUCUCAGGCACCUGAGCUUUAUCUCCAAUAAGAUUACAUAUAUCUCCAAAGGAGACCUUGAUGCCCUGUGUGAAGCAAACAGGCUCAACCUCACCUUGGUGCUCUCUCUGAAUAAUAUAAAAUACAUCCAGCCGGGGUCCUUUGCAAAGAUUCAUCUUGGUGAACUGGUUCUGAGAUCCUCUUUUGAGAACUUCCAUGACAUGCACACUUCUCUUCAUGGCCUGGCAGGGCUACAGGUCAACAGACUAAUAGUUGGAGAAUUCAGGGACAGUCAGAAACUGGAAGAUUUUCAGAAUGGACUCUUGAGUGGACUCUGCCAGGUACAGAUGCAGGAGUUUGUCUUAAUCUGUUUCAGGAAUUUUGAGAAUAACACGGACACCCUUUUUAACUGUAUAGGCAACGUCUCCAGUAUUCGGCUGGUGAACGUCAAUCUCGAAGAGGUGUCAGAGGUUCCUAUGUUUCCUCAAGUGAAACAUCUGGAAUGCAAGAAAUGCAAGUUCAAGGAAGUGCCUGCUGUGAAGCUGUCCCUCUUUAAGGAGCUGAGAGUGCUUCGUAUUACCCAGAGCAAACACCUUAAUAGCUUCCGGCAGAAAUUUAAGAAUCUAACUUACCUGGAGGUCAUAGAUUUGAGUGAGAAUCGGCUCUCCUUCACUUCAUGCUGUUCUCCUCAGUUUCCUGGGUCUGCAAACUUGAGACACUUGAACCUAAGCUUCAAUUCUGACAUCAGUUUGACUGGAGAUUUUACCAAUGUGAAGAAUCUCUUAUACUUGGACCUUCAGCACACAAAGUUAGACAACCAUGGCACCUACCCUGUCUUUCUAUCCCUUCAGAAACUCAUUUACCUUGAUAUUUCCUAUACCAAAACUCAUGUUAAAUCCGAUCAUGUAUUUCAUGGCCUGAACUCUCUGCAAGUGCUCAAGAUGGCAGGCAACUCCUUUGAGAACAAUAAAUUGUCCAAUAACUUCAAAAACUUGAGCCACCUCCACACCUUGGAUAUUUCAAAUUGCAAAUUAGUACAGGUGGAUCAAAGCACAUUUAAUGCUCUCUCUGAACUAAAAGAGCUGAACAUCAGCAACAAUAAGCUCCUGACCUUCGAUCCCGUAGUCUACAAGCCACUCCAAGCUCUCACAGCCCUGGAUUUCAGCCACAACCAGCUGAGUGUCCUGUUGGACUCAGGCCUGGAAAUCCUGCCUGCUAGUCUGGUCUACCUAGAUCUCUCUCACAACUUGUUUGAAUGCUCUUGCAGUUACCUGAACUUUAUGAAAUGGAUCAAAGAAAAGGAGGACCUGCUGCAAAACAAGCAUUUAAUGGUAUGCCACACACCUGCAUACAUGAAGAACUUGAGCCUGUCAAGCUUCUACAUGUCCUCCUGCCGUCCCAGCCCAAGCACAGUGGCAUGCUCAGUGGUCAUAUUGCUUGCUGCAGUGGUGUUCAUAUUCCUGAUUUACAAGUACUACUUCCAGCUCUACUACUUCUUGGUGCUGCUCAGUGGGUGUAAACACUCUGCAGAAAGGGGAACCACCUAUGAUGCCUUUGUUAUCCACUCCAGCAAAGACCAAGAAUGGGUGAUAAAAGAGCUGGUUGAACCCUUAGAAGGAGGAAAACCUCCCUUCCAACUCUGUCUUUACUACAGGGAUUUCCUACCAGGGGUACCCAUUGUCACCAACAUCAUCCAAGAAGGUUUUCUAAGUAGCAGAAAUGUCAUUGCAGUCAUCUCCACCGACUUUCUGGAGAGCAAGUGGUGUAGCUUUGAGUUUGACAUUGCCCAGUCCUGGCAGCUGGUUGAAGACAAGGCUGGAAUCAUCAUGAUUGUACUUGAAGAAGUGAAUAAGACCUUGCUGAGGCAGAAGCUGGGGCUGUCCCGAUACCUCAGGAGGAACACCUAUCUGGAGUGGAAAGACAAGGAGAUAAGCAAGCAUAUCUUCUGGAGGCAGCUCACAGGAGUCCUGCUACAGGGCAAAAAAUGGAAUCAAGAGGAGGAAAAGCUCAUGUGAAGAGAAAGAUCACUUCCGUCUUGUCUCCCAUCCUGGCCUUGGCUGAUGAUGGCUGGCGCUUAGAAGCUGGCUCUUCUGUGGCUGUUCAGAGCUGGAGGAGGUGGAUGGAGGCACUGUAAAAGCACUACAGAAACACCCAUGAGCCCUUCCUCAUGGGAACUUGCAUGCUAAGGAGUGACAGCAGCUAGAAGAGCUGCAGAUGCCUGAGCUCUGUGAUUGUCUGUAGCUGUCAGUUGAAGCUGGUCCAGCAAUUCUCACAGGUCUCGUAGGCUGGUGAAUGGAUGUAAGAAUGGAUGGAUCUUACCAUCAUUUGUCUGCCUCUGAAAGAGGAUUUGGGUCCAGGGGACACUCAGUGGAACUUUAGGGUCUGUCACUUUGAGUGGACCCAGGACUUCCUGGGGAGAGCAAAGGAACAGGAAAGAGAAACAAGAUUUGGAUCCUGAAAAUACUGGGCAAACCUUCCUAGGAAGCAUGAUUCAGGGGAAAAUCCCUACAGAGGGAAAUGGGCUGCCCUACAGCCACAGACCAUCUGGCAACCACUCGGUAAAGCUGAGCAGUUAUGUCAUCAGUGUGUGUAGGGGUUGUUAGUGGUGGGAAAUUUCCCCAAAAUGUUUGAUUAAAUUUUAUUUGUACCAAGACCAAAUAUUGAAACCCCCAGAUAUUUCCAUGACCUGCAACUCUUAUUUAUGUCCAGAUUUAUGUAGCAUUUGGGGGAGUGGUUUGGGAUUUUUGUGUGGGAUCUGAAGGUUAGUGCGACCAGAAGAAGCUGCAGAAAUGCUUAAAAUCUUUUAAGUCAAGAUAUUUCUUUGCCACAGCUGCUUCUCCUGGUCCAAUGUUUCUUUAGAGCCAGACAAUUCUAGAAUAAGCUUUUCCACCGUAUGUACCAGCCUUAAAUCACUGGUGUAAGGUGCCAGAGAAGUCUCCAGCCCAUGGGAUGAAAUGGGCCUUAGAUAUGGUCAGACCUAGCCACAAGCCCAUCUUCCUUCCCUCACCACCCUAUGGCAUCCUCUGGUCCCGUUGGGCGUCUGAAGGGUUCGGCUGCUGCAGUAACGGGUCGGAGGCUGGAAGGGAGAGUUUUGCUUUUGUUUCACUGAGAACGUGCCUGGCAUUUCCCAGGGAGAAGAGAAAGAGGUGAAAAGCCUGGGUUAGCUAUACUAAAUGUAUCCCGGCACUACCCUGAAUAAAGGGAGGGGAACUCUAAAUGCCAUUCAGUCAUAUUGCUGAGAACUCUAUUGAUGUGUUGAAUAUUGAAUGCUGCUGGAGUAUUGGUCUCUAUUUACAGAAGGCUUUGGUUGGGAUUAAUCACUGAAUUAGUCUAGUUUUAAACUUGCAAAUCCUUCUAUAAUCAAUGACGUUCUACAGAGGUAAAACAGAAGCAAUUGAGUGGUGAAUCAGAUCUGAUAUUUAUUCGGAAGGGCCUGAUCCAUCUCACUUUUCUCAGCACCAGCCAGCGACAUUGCCAUGGAAGCCAGUGAUAGGCGAGACUGACUUCAGACACUAUUUGCAAAAAAGGGAGAGCUAAUUUCAGGGUUCAUGCUGGCAAAAGCCGAAUCACAGUCCCCACUCCAUGAGCUCUGUCAGCAGUAGAUCGGGAUAACACUACCAAAAAACCUACAGCCCUCCCUAAGGUCUUUUGUGACCCAUGAGGCAAAGCUUUAAUAAAACUAAGCUGGAUGCUGCGUUUGCUUGCCCAGAUGGCUUGUUUUGCAUCUGCUGAGCAUUGUUGCAGCCAUAUCGGAAGCACGAUGCUCCUUGCCUCUGCCAUGACCACGGUGCCCGGAGCAGCACCCCAGAUCCUUACCCAGGGCAAGGUUUGGGGUAUGGUGGAGCCCACCUGGGGCAGGCAAAGGCACAGGAGACGCGGGCACAGCUCAAGGUUCCCUGCAUCAAGGCCACAGGAGAGCACGGAGGACAAAGCAAAUAUUAGCCCGCAUCUCAGCAGCCACAAGUAAAAUUGGAAAACGAAUGAGGGAAAAUGAAAUGGGGUGGGAGUUACUGCUCCUGAAUUGAGCAGCACGGAAGCGACAUUUCUCCAUCGCUCUUUCUCUCUGCGGCUCCUCUGCAAACAAUUCAGUGUAUAUGUAUUUCUGGCACAAAGCACAGCCUCCUAUGAUUCUUGAUUGUAAUUAUAAUAAUGGGUUUCAGAAAGCCUGCAAGUGGUUCUGGGCAUUAUAAUAAGGGUUUAGGACAGUAUUGUUUAAAAAGUGAGUGUUUGUUGAAUAUCAAAGCAACUUCAGGAGGAGAGCAGGGGCGACGAUGAGAGGAGACUCCCACCUGUACAGUUUAAGCAGAAACCAGUCGCUUGUCAUCCUCGUCCUCUUCAAACACACUCAGAGUCUCCGCAGCAGAGGCAGAUAUGUGAAUUGCCCCGGGCCUUCCUGCCACCCAAGACAAAGCACAAAGCCAUCACGGCUCCUGGAAGGUGUGAGGGGAGGGAGAUGGUGAGACAGAGACUGGAGCAUUCAGAAAGCGAGGGAAAUGGAUGAUGUUCAUCCUCUGCGAGCCCAGUCAACACCAUUCCUCUUUCCCUCGAUGCAUUUAGAUAUUUCCCUUAGCCUUAGCAGUAGCUGGUGCUUUGAAGAUACAAGCUGAUUUAUUUUAUUGUCAAGACCUGCAUCAGAAGCAGGAUUUUUUUUUUUUUUCUGCAAGGCACAAUGCUCAACAGGACAGGCUGGCUGAGGACACGAACACCCCUCGAUGGGACCUGGGUGCCAGGCAGGGCUGUGUGCUGCAGUUUUCCACCUGUGCAGCCGCAGGCUUUGCUGGGUGAGAUGCUCCCAGCCCUCCCUCUGCCCAGCCUGACCUGGCAGUGACUGUCUGCCACCAAAAGUACUCCGUGGUUUAUAAGCUGAGGAGGUAAAAGGCUGUGAACAAUUGUAUUUUCGCUAUUUAUCUAGCAGGGAAAAAUUAGAUUUGGUUUUAGAAGACUCAGAACAACUUUCUUUUCCCACUAAAAUAAGAGCAAAUCCUCCUCUCAAACCAAAACAGUGCUAGGUCAAAGAAAAAAUAUUUUAGAUCACACACGUAUAUAUUUGCCCUUGUUAUAGGAAGCAAAUUUCCAAAAGAACACUCGUGUCUCCAAAUACGUUGGUAUGCAUUUUUGUUUCAAAGUGUUCACUGUGCAGCAGGUAGCUUUAAUAUUAUUAUUUACUCAUGUGGGUGAAUAAAUGAGCAAGCAACCAAACAUCCGUGCAGGUCUGCGUUCAUCUCUCAUGUAAAUAGCAGAGCAUGUUCCAGUUAUUAAAGCAUCUAUGUGGCCCAGGUCAUAAAAACAGAUGGAGAUGAAGCUCCAAAGGGCUGUUGCAGCCAAGAUAAUUUCAUCUCAUCUGUAACAGGGAUGUGCCCUGAUUUCAAUAUGUGCUUAAUUUGACCCAAGCGAAGCACCAGUACAGACGGAGCUCCGGUCCUACUUGCGUGGCAGAGAUUGGUGUCUCCGAGGAAGGCAUCACGAUGUGCCAGCAUCAUCGCUAAGAUGUAGUUUGCAGCGAGGGCUCUGAACUGAGCAAACCCUUGUUAGCAUGAUUGCAUUUGUGGUCUCCACACUGUAGCAGGGACAUUAUGUAAAAAUGGAAAAGAGAGCCACUGGCAUUUCUGCCUGCCUGGCUCUGGCUGGCUGCAGGAACAGCACUGCAUGAAGGCUCCCUUGGCCUCCCCAAGUAUUAGCACAGAUUUCUAGUGUCAGUUUAAAAAAACACACACAACACAACAAGAAAAAGCAGCUGGUUUCUCUGGACUGACUGAUAUUUGACAAGAACAGGUUGAAACUUUUCUGGAAGAGUGCUUGUCCUUUGGGAAAUGCUAUUUUGUAGGUGGUUUAUGUAAUUUAAUGAGGUAGUGCAGAUAAUCUAUGGAACAGAAAUAGUCAUAGCAGGGUUUCUGGCUCAGUAUUGCAUGGGGUUGUAAUCUUGGAACAGUCACUUCCCAUGGAAACAGCGAUUUUAACAAUGUUUUGGAGAGGUUGGAAAAAAAAGAUUUCCAAAAAGAAGUUAAGUUGCUCCAUAACAUCACUUUUUAAAAUGCUGGUUUAGUCUCAGGCUGUUGUGUGUCACAAUAAAUUUUAGUUCUGAAAUUUCUUUCAAUUUGUAUAAUCUGACUAACCUUCC